AUGGAGGUGGAUACUGCUACCGCGCCGCUAGCAGAGCAGUCCGUGGUCACAAUGCCAGUGCCACAGGUAUCGAUGGUAGCAUGCCGUGCGCCAUCUCAGGUAGGCAAGAAGCCCAUACUACCUGGAGGAAGGAAGGAGGUAGCUGCAGCUUCAUCAAAACCAGCAGCAACUUCCAAUGGAAAAGGCAGCAAAAAAGUUAAAGAUGCAGGCUUAAACCAGCAGAAGGGCGUUACACCAAAAGGGGCAGUCCUGACAUUGGAAGAACAUCAGUCCGUCCGUGAACUAUUGGUGGAACAAGGUAUAAACUUUUAUACCUUUACACCAAAGGGACAAUCGAUAUAUUCGGUUGUCAUUGAAAAAUUGCCUGACUCUUACGACGUAAAAGACGUAGAAGCAGGACUAAAAGCUUUACCUAUAUACUUAGAGGUAAAGCGUGUAGUAAAGUUGGGUGGUAACAAGAGGUUAGUACACCUGGACAAAGGUUCGGACAUCAACGGACUUUAUAAGGUAAAGCGUCUUUUCACGAACGGCAUUGUCGUUCGUAAAGACAAAAAGAAGGGGUUGACACAGUGCCAUAACUGCCAACGGCACUUCCAUGUGUCAACUAAUUGUGGUAUGCCUUACUGCUGCGUUAAGUGCGCUGGGGACCAUGGUCCUGGUAAGUGCAAAAUACCCAAGGGCGUUAAUAAGCCCACAAUGAUACCUGUAACUGACCCAGUUACAGGUAAGGUAACAAUGCGGCCAGAUUACGUAUUCAAAUGCGUAAACUGCAACCGCACUGGACACGCUGCGAACGCUCGCGACUGUCCAACACGCCUGAAGCUUUUGGCAAAAGCAGCUGAAGGCAAGGUUGCUAAGGCAGUGGAAACUGUGCCCAAGGCCAGUUUCCCUAAAGACAGUGGCAAGAUACAGCCUAAUGUAUCAUUUGCUUCUGCAACAUCGGCUAAAGCUGCUCCUAAAGCUAAUCUGACUUUAGGCCAGCAACCAAAAGCCAAUGUGGUUACAGCUCAACCCAAAGCUAACACAACUUUGGGUCUACCCAAAGCCAACAUGGCUCUGGGCGAGCAAUCGCUAGACAAAGUAGUCAGUGGCUUCACGCUCUUUGAUGAACUUUGUAAUGAAAUCUUUGGUAAAGAUUUCUUGACAUCUGUCAUGCAGGUUCGCCAAUUUUCGGAAGAACUGAAGAGUAAGGACAAGGCAAGCCAGGCUAAAGCCAUGGUCUCCUUGGUAGGCAUGCUAGGUAUAAAUGGUUAG